AUGUUUGGAUCCAUUGGAAGCGGUCGACCAGCGGAAGAAGAGCCUCUACAGGCAGUAACGGCCAAGACAUUUGCCAAACCACAUCAGACAAGUCUCAUGGGCACCCCUGAAACGCCCCAACCAUACACUAGCCCGUUCAGAAUCAGCUCUAUGCAUAGUGGAGGAGGAAGGUUGUCCUCUGGCUACUCCAUAGGAGCGUCUCGUGACCUAUCCAGCGGUUCCUCUUAUGUGCAGUCAAGUUAUGGCAACAGCAGCGGACUGAGUACCACAAACAGCUACGGGUCCAUGUCUAGUUCCCAUGCUGCUACUGAACGGCACAGAGACGACAACCACGCGAUGCACUCCUUCUGCUACAGCAAUAUCAGUCACAACAACAGUGCCGUCCAACGUGACUCUAUUGCCACCGUGGCCAAACAGGGUCUUGAGAUUGAGGCUCUGCAGAAGGAGAUCAAUCGUCUGAGCCAGAAGUUGUCUAGACAAGACUCCGUAUCCAUCCACAAGAUGGAUAACGCCACCGAGAACGCUUUCCGAGACUUAAAUGCGAAGGUCAAGUCAAAAAAUGACGAGGUGCAGCGUCUCGAGAUGACCAUCGAGUCUCUCUUGGCACAGGGAGCUUACGACGAGUCCGCAGCAUACAGAGUGUGUUCCAAAAUGCAAUCCUUGGUGGCCGAGAACAAGCGACUAGGAAGCAUGUUGGGAGCAGGGCGAGCCUUGCAGCAGGAGAUUGAGAUUGGAAUCCUACGAGUUGAGAACGAGACGCUUCAACAGCAGAUCGACGCUCUCAAUGCUGAGAAGAAAGGGAAAGAUUUGAAACAUGAAGGGUAA